CGCGUCAUUCAGACCUAACUCUCGCUCGCGUGUGCGUCACAGAAACAAGAUGAUCAUCGACGGAGUCAGUGAGGGAUUCUCCGGUGUUCUGGACCGGGACAGCGAUGUUAUGACCAGUCCGGUGCACCUGCUGUCCUUCUACGGUUGCUCUUCUCCUGCGGAACCGAAUCUAUCUCCGAACUCUGACUCGGAUCAGAGCUGGAGCAGCGCAGACAGCCCUCAGAACAGCAGUGUGGACGCGCUCAGCGCGCGCAAACCAAGUCGCUAUCAAGGCGUGCGCGUGAAGAACACCGUGAAAGAGCUGAUCCUACAGAAGAGACACCACAGCCAGGUUCAACAAUAUAAAGCUGAAAAUGAAUGUCCAGCUAUAAUGCACGUGCUGCAGAGAACUGAGACAGAAAUGGAGAAUCUUCAUCUCUUUCCUGAGAAACGACUACGAGUCUCAGAUGAAGACGGCCUGUCUCUGUGCAGCGAGAAUGUGUUCAGUGACGCUGAGAUGCUGGAGGACAUCAGGGACGUUCUGUCCUUCGAGUCUGUGACGGUGAGAGGCUUUCCUCAGGAUCUGUGUGCUGAUGCCCAAAGCCCCUUUCACAGCGGCCUUCUGAACACAUACCCAUCCUCGUCCAGCCUCGGCCUGACCGCUGCGCCUCCGGUGUCCUUCUUCCAGUGGCAGAUCCAACAGGAGGAGGAGAAGCUGUCCGCUCUGAGCCCUGUGGACCUGACCGCUCGAGACGGAGACGGAGACACGUUCUUGCACAUUGCUGUGGCUCAGGGCAGAAGAGCUCUGGCGUAUGUCCUCGCCAGAAAAAUGUCUGCCAUCGGCAUGCUGGACAUGAAAGAACACAACAACCAGAGCGCCUUCCAGGUGAGCGUCGCUGCUGAUCAGCACCUGAUCGCUCAAGACCUGCUUCUGCUGGGAGCCGAGCUUAACACCCGGGACUGCUGGGGCCGGGCCCCGCUCCACAUCUGCGCAGAGAAGGGCCACUUCUCCACGCUGCAGGCCAUCCAGAGAUCUGUCCAGACGAGCGGACGGCCGGUCAAUGUGGAGGUGGUCAACUACGACGGACUUACGCCUCUUCACGUGGCCGUGUUAUCCCACAAUGCCGUGCUGCAGGAGCUGAGCCUCGGCCCUCCAUCCACUCACAGUCCAGCUCUGCUACAGAAGAGAAAGAUGCUCGCUGAAUGUGUGAGCACUCUUCUGCUGAUGGGAGCCUCGAUGGAAGCCAAGGACUGUAAAAGUGGACGCACCGCUCUGCAUAUGGCUGCUGAAGAGGCUAAUGUCGAGCUGCUGCGCCUCUUUCUGGACCAGUCCAACUACUUCUCGGUCAUAAACGUCAAGGCGUUCAGCGGGAACACGGCGCUGCACAUGGCCAGUGCUCUACAGGGUCGUCCGGCUCAGAUGGAUGCAGUCAGACUGCUGCUGAGACGAGGAGCUGACCCCGGAGCCAAGAACCUGGAGAACGAGCAGCCAGCCCAGCUGGUGCCCGACGGGCCCCUGGGGGACCAGGUGCGUCGUAUCCUGAAAGGUAAAGGAGCUCAGAGCCGCUCGUGAGCGAGCUCUUCUCCAGAAUCGCUGUCAGUCAGGCAGCCGGUCUGUACAGAUUCAUUUGCUCUCACAGGCAGAUGUCGGUUGUUUCCAUGAAACAGUCUUAUCAUUGUUCACUACUGAGUAGUAGACGGCAAGGGAAAGUGAGAGCAACACUUCAGAGAAACUUCUGGACGUCAGAAGAGGAAUAAUCCAGUGAUAUGAGGAAGAUAGGAAGGAUUAUUCAGAAAGUCAUAAUAAAUGUGGACACUUCGUUAAAGAGGAAGAAAGUGAAUGUUCUUCUCUUGUUCAUAGGCAGAUCUGAAGCAUUGCAUUUGGCUAUGGUGUGUAAAGGGUUGUAAACUAUAAUCUCAAUGUAACUAUAUCUGUAUACCUUUGUUAUUAUUAUUAUUAUUAUUAUUAUUAUUAUUACUCUGAUGUGUGUUUUGUCAGAAGGUUAAACAUGAGAUGAUGAUCAGUAACUUCAAGCCUGUUGAACCAGAACGCCCUGAUUGUUGACUUCAGGUGUGUUUCAGUGUGUUAUUUUGGGACUUUCUUCCAUUGAUAAUUAACUUUUUAUGAGGCCAUGCCAUUCCCAAGAAGUCCUCUAUUAUUCUGGAUAACUGAUUACUCUGUUUGUUGUAACUGCUGCUUUCAGAAAAAGAUGUACAUUAUAAAGCUCAUAUUACAUGAUAUUGCUGAUGUUUUGUGGUGGUGGGAUUCGUGUAUAUUGUUAUUCUUUCUCUUUUUAUUCAGCAUUAUUUUUUAUUAUACAUAGGGAGUGGGUCAUUGUUUGGAUUUUUUACAGGUCACAUGAUAUUCUGUGAGUUUAGCUGUAAUUCAGUUUUAAAUAAAAAUUCCUUGUUCUGUU